AUGGCCAAGACCCUGCCGAAGGACAUCGUCAACUGGACGAACGAGGACGUGAUCAAGUGGCUCGAGGAGUCCGGACAUGGGUCGUGUACGUUUUACUUCAAGGCUCAUGACAUUGACGGCAAGUCUUUAUUGACGAUCCGAGAAGAUGAUCUCAAGAGCCAGGGCAUGAAAAUUGAGAAGCUGGGAGAUGUGAAGAGACUUUAUAUCAGUAUUAAAAAAUUGCAGAAGGAAAAUAUGGCGGUCUUGUUUGAGCUGGGGCAGCUUGAGUUUACUUCUUCGAAUUUUUAUUCUCAUAAUAGACAAGAGUUACAGAGUUUCAUAUCAAACAACGAGAGCUCAGUAGACCCAGAAUUCUAUUCAGCGUCAGUAUCAGACGACGGACAUGCCUCGCACCUACCUCCAGAAAUAUGGAAAGCAUUUAUCAGCCUGGGCUAUUUGUUCAUAGUGACGUGGAUCACAGCCUUCGUGAUGGUGAUAGUCCACGACAGAGUCCCAGACAUGAAAAAGUACCCGCCAUUGCCAGACAUUUUUCUUGACAAUGUCCCACACAUACCCUGGGCUUUUGAUAUUUGUGAAGUAACUGGGACGUUAUUGUUCGCUAUCUGGCUGAUGGUUCUUAUAUUUCAUAAAUAUAGAUUUAUUCUACUGAGAAGAUUCUUCGCUUUGUCGGGGACAGUGUUCCUGCUAAGAUGCGUGACAAUGCUGAUAACAUCUCUAAGUGUUCCUGGAGCACAUUUACAGUGCCAGCCAAGACCGACUCCCGACGACCCUUGGGCGAAAACCGCCUACGGGGAGCUGUACAAUAAAAUUUCUAUGGCGUAUGUCAUUUGGCGAGGGGCUGGGAUGUCUAUUCAGGGAGUUAGAACGUGCGGGGAUUAUAUGUUCAGCGGACACACAGUCGCGCUGACGAUGCUUAACUUUUUUAUUACUGAAUAUACGCCUCGCCAAUUCUACUUUUUGCACACAUUCACGUGGAUGCUGAACAUGUUUGGUAUAUUCUUCAUCCUAGCAGCCCACGAGCACUAUUCAAUAGACGUGUUCGUAGCAUUCUACAUAACUUCUCGGCUGUUCCUGUACUACCACACGCUAGCGAACAACCAAGCUUUGAUGCAGCGCGACUCGAUAAGAACCAGAGUGUGGUUCCCUCUGUUCAGCUUCUUCGAGUCCUCCGUCGACGGAAUCGUUCCCAACGAGUACGAGUCGCCCUCGAAGAUAAUCUGCAACCUCGCGUGCACGUGUCGCGACAUCGCCAACGCGCUCAGACAGAAAAUAAGUAUUUCUAAUCUCCAACGCACUGUCAACGACAGCACAAAAAAGGGUCUUUGA